CUCCGCCUGGACACACACAGACACACACACACACACACAUGUGCUGUACGCAGGGCUAGUCUGCAGCUGAGUUUGUGAACGCAAAACCCUUCAUCUCUUCAGAAGACCUGGACAUCAUUGAGCAUGAAGUGUGUGUUGUACUGUGUGUUCCUCCUGUGGAUUACUCUCCACACCCGCGUGUGCGCGUCUCCUCAAGGCAUUCCCCUGGCAGUUGUGAAACUUUGGGCUUCAGCCUUUGGCGGAGAGAUUAAGUCCAUCGCUGCCAAGUAUUCCGGCUCUCAGUUGCUGCAGAAGAAGUACAAGGAGUUUGAGCCGUCGGUGAGGGUGGAGGAGAUCGAUGGAAUCAAACUGGUGAAGAGACUUGCUAAGGAAAUGGAGCAGAUGUUUCACAAGAAGGCUGAGGCCAUAAAGCGGUUGGUGGAAGCAGCAGAGGAAGCCCACCUGAAUCACGAGGAGGAUCCUGACCUACAGUACGAGUACUUCAACGCGGUGUUGAUCAACGAGGUGGACGAGGAGGGCAAGAGCGUGGAGCUGGGCGGAGAGUUCAUCCUGCAGCCGAACGAACACUUCAACAACCUGUCGGUGAACCUCAGCCUCAGUGUGGUGCAGGUGCCCACCAACAUGUACAACAGAGACUCCGCCAUCAUGAACGGGGUGUACUGGUCUGAGGCGCUCAACACGGUGUUUGUGGACAACUUUAACAGAGACCCUUCGCUCAUCUGGCAGUACUUCGGCAGCGCCAAAGGCUUCUUCAGACAGUAUCCGGGUAUAAAGUGGACACCCGAUGAACACGGCGUUCUGGAAUUUGACUGUCGGAAUCGGAAAUGGUACAUCCAGGCGGCGACGUCUCCGAAAGAUGUGGUGAUCCUGGUGGACGUGAGCGGCAGCAUGAAGGGGCUUCGGCUGACCAUCGCCCGGCAGACCGUCUCCUCCAUCCUGGACACACUCGGGGAUGACGACUUCUUCAACAUCAUCGCUUACAACGAGGAGCUGCACUAUGUGGAGCCGUGUCUGAACGGGACAUUGGUUCAGGCUGACAUUACCAACAAAAAUCAUUUCCGGCAGCGUCUCGAUAAACUCUUCGCUAAACGCAUCGGCAUGCUGGACUUGGCUCUGACUGAGGCCUUCGAACUCCUCAGUAACUUUAAUCAGACGGGCCGAGGCAGUGUGUGCAGUCAGGCCAUCAUGCUAGUGACGGACGGAGCCGUGGAAACGUAUGACGCUGUGUUUGCCGCGUACAACUGGCCCGACAGGAAGGUGCGUGUGUUCCCAUACCUGAUUGGUCGAGAGUCUGCCUUCGCUGAUAAUCUGAAAUGGAUGGCUUGUGCUAAUAAAGGUUAUUUCACACAGAUCUCCACACUGGCAGAUGUUCAGGAGAAUGUGAUGGAGUAUCUGCAUGUGCUCAGUCGACCCAAGGUCAUCGAUCGAGAGCAUGACAUGGUGUGGACAGAAGCCUACGCCGACAACACUCGUCCACAGGCUCAAAAGUUGGAAGAUGCUCAGGGUCCAGUGCUCAUGACUACUGUGGCCAUGCCUGUGUUCAGCACCAAGAACGAGACCAGAAAUAAAGGAAUUCUUCUUGGCGUGGUUGGCACAGAUGUCCCAGUGUCUGAAAUACUGAAGGCUAUCCCCAAAUACAAGCUGGGAAUCCAUGGUUACGCCUUUGCCAUCACCAACAACGGAUACAUUCUCACCCAUCCAGACCUGCAGCCUCUGUAUGAAGAAGGGAAGAAGCGGAGGAGGUCCAGCUACAGCAGUGUGGAUCUGUCUGAGGUGGAGUGGGAAGACACGGAGGACGAGUUGCGUAAUGCCAUGGUGAACAGACAGACGGGGAGCUUCUCUAUGAAAGUGAAGAAGACUGUGGAUAAAGGGAAGCGUGUGCUUGUUCUACACAACGACUACUACUACACAGACAUCAAAGGAACUCCCUUCAGCUUAGGAGUGGCCCUGUCCAGAGGUCAUGGCAAAUAUUCCUUCAAAGGGAAUAUCUCUGUUGAAGAAGGACUACAUGAUUUGGAGCAUCCCGAUGUUGGAUUAGCAGAUGAAUGGACAUACUGUAACACAGAGGAACAUCCAGAACAUCCUUUCCUAUCUCAGAUCGAUGCCAUAAAGCUUUAUUUUAAUGGAGAACCACAUCUGAAGUGUGAUCUGGAUCUGGUCCAGGAGGUUCUGUUUGAUGCCGUGGUCACGGCCCCGCUGGAGGCGUACUGGACCAGCCUCGCUCUCAAUAAAUCAGAGAACUCCGAUAAAGGGGUGGAGAUAGCUUUCCUCGGCACUCGAACGGGACUAUCACGAAUAAACCUUUUCGUGAUGCCAGACCAACUGACCAAUCAAGACUUCCUGACAGCAGAGGAUAAGGAGUUGGUGUUCAGUGCUGAUCAUUUCCCUCUGUGGUACAAGCGGGCGGCUGAACAGGUGCCCGGCACCUUCGUCUACUCCCUGUCAAUCAACCAAGCGUCUGAGAACAAGAGUGUCGUGUACGCCAGCGGCACCAUUCCUCUGCUGGACGAGAGAGAGUCGCCCAUCGCUGCAGCUGUGGGCAUUCAGAUGAAGCUAGAGUUCUUCCAGAGGAAGUUCUGGACGGCCAGCAGACAGUGUGCAGCGCUGGACGGGAAGUGUUCAAUCAGCUGUGACAGCGAUGACAUCAGCUGUUACCUUAUAGACAACAACGGGUUCAUCAUCGUGGCUGAGGAUCUGUCUCUGACUGGGGUGUUCUUCGGGAAGGCUGAGGGAGCUGUGAUGGGCAAACUGGUUUCAAUGGGUUCCUUUAAGAGGGUGAAUCUGUAUGACUAUCAGGCCAUCUGUAGGGUGUACGCACACACCAGCGACACGGCACACACACUCUUACACCCGUACUUCGCUCUGUUCGCUGCGCUGCGAUGGAUUCUGACCGAGCUCGUCAUAUUCCUGCUGGAGUUCAACCUGUACAGCUGGACCUCCGACCUCACCGUCACAGCUCAGAGAGGAGGCAGGACGCUGCUGGUCCCCUGUGACACUGAAUAUCCAGCGUUCGUGUCUGAGCGCACCAUUAAGGAAACCGUGGGGAAUAUUGACUGUGAAAGCUGUGUUAAGUCGUUCGUUAUCCAGCAGAUUCCCAGUAGUAACCUGUUCAUGGUGGUCAUCGACAACACCUGCGACUGCAGCGAGCUCGGCCCCGUCACCACGGACCCCCGAGAGAUCAUGUAUAACGAGUCUCUGAAAUGUGAGCGGUUGAAGUUUCAGAAGGACAGAAGACGCCCGGACACGUGCCACCCGUUCCAUCACGAGGAGAACUCGAUGGAGUGUGGCGGGUCCGAGAGCUUGACUCCAUCACUAACAGCUUCACUUCUGCUACUCCCGAUAGUCCUCCUCUUUCCCAGGUGAUGACAACAGGCUCCGCCCCCUUUUCCUCAUUCCCAGGUGAUGACAACAGGCUCCGCCCCCUUUCCCCUCUUUCCCAGGUGAUGACAACAGGCCCCGCCCCCUUUCCCAGGUGAUGGUGUCAGGCCCCGCCCCUUUCCCAGAUGACGAUGAUGACAACAGGCUCCGCCCCCUUUCCCGGGUGAUGACAACAAACUCCGCCCCCUUUCCCAGGCGAUGGCAACAGGCCCCGUCCCCUUUCCCAGAUGAUGAUGACAACAGGCUCCGCCCCCUCCUUGCCAGCAUGCAAAAAGUGAUCAUAUAAAUAUUGAUUUACACAGGAAAACUUAACUAUCAGAAUCACAUAAAGAGCUACAAAUAAAUGGUAUUUUAAGGGAACACUUUAUAUUUAAGGUCUCAUUCAUUAAACAUUUGUUAAUGCAUUGACUAACAUGAACUAACAAUGAGCAAUAUAUUUUUACGGCAUUUAUCAACCUUUGUUAAUGUAAGUUAAUAUAAAAAAGUUUGUUUGUGUUAGUUCACAGUGCAUUAAUUAGUGUUGACAUACAACUUUUUUAUUUUAAUACUGUAUUUGUAAAUGUUGAUAUACUAGGAUUAAUAAAUGCUGUAGAAGUACUGUUCAUGUUAAGUAAUGUAAUUAACUCAUGUUAUCAAAUGAAAGCUUACUGUAAAGUCGUACCAUAUUUUGUGUUCACAUAGUUAAUAGGAAACAUCUUACAAGCAAGGCUACAGGAGACUGGUAACUGUGCUAAUUAACAGAGUUUAACUAGGACUCGUAAAUGUCUACAAACAAUAGAAUUGUGUCAUACAUUUUAGAGUUUUUGUUCUGUAACUAUUAUAGUUCUACUAUGUAUGAUUUUCAGCCAUACAACUGUGACCAAUGCAAUAGAAUAGUGUAUAACAAGCGUGGAUGUUCUUUGUGGACAUUGCCUUACAAUAAGAGAUACAACUGCAGUUUGUGUACUUUUGAAAUAAAUCUUUUUUUUUUUUUUAAAAAAUACAAGGAGA